CACGCUCUCCAAUCUACUCCCAUCUCUCGGCAUCGUUAUCCGGUCUUUCAACCAUCCGUGCCUUUGGUGCCGAGAAAGUGCUCGUCCGUGAAUUCGACGGCCACCAGGAUCUGCACAGCUCGUCAUUCUAUCUGUUUAUCUCGACGUCUCGUGCUUUUGGCUUCUACCUGGACGUGUUCUGCGUCAUCUACAUCGCCAUCGUAACGCUAACAUUCUUCAUCAACGGAGACAGUGGUGGAAACGUGGGACUUGCCAUUACCCAAGCUCUGGGUAUGACCGGCAUGGUUCAGUGGGGAAUGCGCCAAUCCGCAGAACUGGAAAAUACGAUGACUUCCGUAGAACGAGUUGUGGAAUAUGACACGGUGGACCCGGAACCGGCGCUGGAAGCCGAAGGCGAGAAGAAACCACCCACGGAAUGGCCCCAGGAGGGUCACGUGAAGUUCGACAAGCUUUCGCUGCGAUACAAUCCCGAUCCGGAUACGGAUCGAGUGCUAAAGGGACUCGAGUUCGACAUUCAAUCGCGUGAAAAAAUUGGAAUAGUCGGUCGAACAGGUGCCGGAAAAUCGUCCUUGAUCAACGCCCUGUUCCGGUUGUCGUAUAACGAAGGUUCCAUCGUUAUCGAUUCUCGAGACAUCCACGAAAUGGGUCUGCACGAUCUACGUGGUAAACUUUCGAUCAUUCCACAAGAACCGGUACUGUUCUCCGGAAGUCUUCGCUACAAUCUGGACCCCUUCGACGAAUAUCCCGAUGAAAAGCUGUGGCGAGCUCUGAAAGAGGUCAAACUGGAAGAAGCCGUCAACGAACUUCCCUCCGGCCUAUCCUCCAAGAUCAACGAAGGAGGAAGCAACUUUAGCGUGGGUCAACGACAGCUGGUUUGUCUGGCGCGCGCUAUCCUAAGGGAGAACAAGAUUCUGGUGAUGGAUGAGGCUACGGCCAACGUCGAUCCCCAGACGGACAAGCUGAUCCAGCAAACGAUCAGGGAAAAGUUUGACGAGUGCACGGUGCUGACGAUUGCCCACCGGCUGAAUACGGUGAUGGACUCGGAUAAGGUGCUGGUGAUGGACGCUGGACGUUGUGUGGAAUUCGGAACGCCAUACGAACUACUCACCGCGGAGGACGGACCUAGGAUAUUCUACGGAAUGGUCAAACAGACCGGAAAGAGUACGUUUGAUCACUUGCUGAAAAUUGCCAAAGAGGCUUACGACAAGAAGCACAGACACAUCACUUCCGAUGUAUAAACAAUUUGGACUGCUUCUCAACUCGAGCAACUUCAUCUCAUCAAUGUCGAUCUUCACUCAAGCUUCACUCUAGACAAUAUAGGAUACUUACUUAACAAGCCAACACUGGAACAUAAUAGUGUGAACAUGGCAGAACUGGUUAACUAAAAUGAAAGUGCCUGAUUACAAGUGCUACUUAAACUAGAACAAAAAUCAUUUAUCAGUGAGUAAGAAUUGAAAACCUUAGAUAUACGAUAAGUACAAAACAGUAUGAACUUAUAAUUGUUGUUCCGCAAAAAAAGCAAAGAACAAAGCCGCCUCUGAACUCAUAUAGCUACUUAACUUUUCCCCUCUUUAGUCAGGUACCCAUGAAUUACUGCUAGGUAGUAUAUAGGAAGUAAGCAAAACCGUUGUUUGGACUAUGCACAUUUCGAAAAUGUGUAGUUUGUUACGUGAGCCGUGAAUUUGUUUGUUUUUUUUUUUGUUAUUACUGUGCUAGUCGCAUGUCUCCACUUAUUCUUCAUACAUUUUGUACGGUACUUAUGUAUUUACCUACGUUUGCAAACAUUGCUGCAGCAGAGAGUUUAAAUUGAAUUUUUACUAUCUCCAUUAUUGCAAAGAAGUCACCUUUUUUAUGAUAGCUUAAUAAAACUGUGUUCAAUAAAUGAA